CUUAUAAUCCUGAAAGCUGCCCUCGUUACCAUUCCCUUCCAUCAACAGAAAAAAGCAAAAGAACCCGAAAAUGGGAAGCUCUAGAUUCUCGCUCAGUCUGCUCGCGAUUUGCGCCAUCCUAGCCGUCCAUGUGGCGGUUUCAGCUUCGUCUCCAACUCUCGAUUUCGUCGGCGGCGACCAAUUCCUCCCGAUUAAAUCGGAAUGCCGCGGAUCCAUCGCCGAGUGCCUGAUGCUGAGCGGAGACGAAUCCUCCUCAGACUUCGAUGCCGAGUUCGCCAUGGGCUCCGAGAUCUACCGCCGCAUUUUAGCGACGACUCGUUACAUUAGCUACGGUGCGCUGAGGAGAAACACCGUGCCAUGCUCUCGACGCGGCGCGUCGUACUACAACUGCCAACCAGGAGCUCAGGCGAAUCCCUACUCACGCGGGUGCAAUAGAAUUACCCGCUGUCGGCGCUAGAUUUAUGUUCCAUUUUAUGUCCUUUUUUCGCCUCUCUAAUUUUAAAAAAUGUAAUUUUCCUCCCUUAUUUUUUAUCCUUAUUUAAUUAUGUGUAUUGCUGAUGGGAUUGUUGUCUUUAAUAUUUUUCCCAGAUAUUUAUUUAAAACGUAUAUAAAAAAGUGAAGUGAGUGGAAUAAAGAUGAAGAUCAUUGAAUAAAUUGUGACUAUGUUGCUAAUGUAAUGUAAUUAAACCCUGUUUAAUUUUAUUUCUAAUAUA